GCUCAUGUAGAUGCAGCUGGAUGGGGAGAUCUCCCCUCCUUCGUGGCAGUCAUGGAACACCUGCAGAGAGGACAGACAGCAGCUCAGUGACUGUUAUCGAUCGGCCAGCGGUUGCCAUGGCAGCAGGUGCCAUUUCAGCUCCUCUCAUCAUCCCGAUCAGCGCAGGCGCGACCCGCAAACCCAAGACCCGCAUCGACACCAGGACGCCCGUCUGCAUCCAGUCAGUCUCUCCAGGUGUGCUGAUCUUCUUCACUCUGGAUGGUUCGAAGCCGGUUGCCGGGCAGCGGGGGUCAGAGGUCGGCAGCAGGAAGUACACAGGUCCCAUCCUGCUUCCUGCGGGCCGGGUGUCCGUCAGAGCCGUGGCUGUCACCAGGGAUGGGAGGCGCAGCUCUGUGGUCACCAAGGUGUUCUCCGUGGGUCAGGUGGAAUCAGACCAGCAGGUCCAGUCUGAAGGAGGCUACGAUGAGCGGUCCAGUUCUGAUCCAACACCUGCAGGAACACCUGGACGCUCUGAGUGGAGGGAAGUCACCUGCAGUCGGGCUUCAGAACCGGACCGAACCAUGUCCAGUCCUCCGUCGGUCCCCCCACCCUCCAGACGCUCCAGAGGUGCCGGGAUCCCAGAUCCUGAUGCUGCCUGGACCAGUUCUUCCCGACGCUCCCACUCUGCGGAUUCUCACCAUCCAAUGCCGCUGAGCAGCAAACUGAAAACCCAAUGGCCGAGAGGUGCCGCCACGCCGUGGUGUCCUCGCUGCCUCUGCGUCUGCCCUUCAGACCCGUUUGCUCGGUUCUGUCCUCAGUGUGGUGCUGUGAUUCCUCCCGUUCCGGUACUCAGGCCGCCCCCUGCUGGGAGAGGACAGCUGCUGCCGUGUCCUUCCUGUCGCUGCCUGGUUCCCAUCGACUCUCAGACCUGUUGGACCUGUGAGGCGUCCACAGAUGGGUCCCGGGCCGGCUUCUCCCUGCAGGUCGAUCAGGGCGGAGGCAGCGCCCCCUCUAGUGGGCCGGUGGGCGGCAGCAUGUGGUCCUGCUCCAGCUGUCGCCGUCAGAACCGCCAUGAUGCCAGAUUCUGCGACCGUUGUGGCACCAAGGCUGGCCACGCCCCCUGCUGGGUCACGUGUUGGCGGUGUGGAGCAAGCGCACCGCUGGACGCCGCCCACUGUGUGACGUGUGGCGUGUUCCUCCUGGCACUGGCCCCGCCCACACCCUGCAAUGACAUCACACCGCCUGAAGAGGACCCCGCCCACAGCCAGGCCCCGCCCCCUUGUGGCUCUGCCUGGAAGGCUCCGCCCCCACAGAGCCCCGCCUCCAGACGGGGCGUAGCUCCUCCCCUUGUGGAUCGGUCCACGCAGACUGUCGGACUCUAUUACCCAUCAGCCACUGAGCUGCAGCAGCGGGACCAGCAGAGGGCGAUGUGGCGCCGGCGGGAGGCGGCGAGGAGCGACCGCCGGCCACCGCUCAGCGCCGUCAGCCCCGGCAGAGGCUACUGGAGGAACCAACUGGACCAUGUCUGUGCUCACCUGAGGAGCUACACCCAGAACCGGGCCUCCUUCAGAACCCUGCUGGCAGAACCUCGACUGGGCCGGAUGGUGUCAGCACUGGUCCAGCAGAACCAGGAUGAAGUGGUUCUGACGUUGAGCUUCUCGCUGGCUGCCGAUCAGAACCUGCAGCAGGUCGGACCUGACAACGACCCUGAUGGCCCGGCAGGAAGUUCUACGGAACCGGGUCGGGUCCAGACACUGAGCAGUGUCACACAGCACGCUACAGACAGAGCCGGAAGUCGAGGGCUGAAGCAGGAUCCCGACCCAGAACCGAACCUGUUGGUAAAAACUGAACGGAACCAGGCCAGGCCGGGCCGCUGGUAACCGGGCCUGCUAGCUGGGCUCUGAUUGGCUGCGUGGCUGCAGGUGAGCAAUGGAUCAGACGGUUCUGUUCAGGGGCGCCGCCAGGAAUCUUGGGACCCUGACAAAAGAUUAGUUGGGGCCUCCUGUGCAGCUGCUGUUUUGAGUCUAUCUGACCCAUGAAAAGGUCACAGUUUGGAUGAGCAGCACCACAUGAGA